GGCCUGUCUACGACUCGAGCAUCGUCGAUGGCGCUCGAUCCGGCCGACGUGCCCAUGCUGCUCACGUGGGCGACCUACGCGUACAUGCCGGUGGCGCUGCAUCUCUUUGUGUCGCGGCGGCAGCUCUCGUCCAUCAAGUACCGCGAGCCGCUGCCAAUGAGUCUCGCCGCGCUCUUCUUGAGUCUCUACUCGCUCUGCGUACCGCCACUCGUGUGUUUUGGUGGUCACUCUCCGUAUACGCUCAUCCUUUUCUUUGAGUGGAUCCUCCUCAUCACGGGCCUCGUCACAUACCUGCUCACACAGUGCAUCCUCGUGGUCAAGUUUCACAUCACCGAGGUGCUCAUGGACCCCGUACAGGCCACGGUGGUGCGUGUCGGACGCAUCAAGUACCUUCGGUGGCUCCUCUACCCGCGCUUCCAGCUCGUCGUUUGGGCGACCGCGACCGCUCUCCUCAACGCACCGCUGGUGCUCUUCGCAAACACAGCUGCGUCGGUCAAUACAACGGUGGCCGACUUCAACCAAAGCGAUGGUCUUGGCAGCAUCGGGCGCCUCCGGCUGUACGCAGGCAUCGAGACGGGCGUGCUCAUCCUCGCCUCGUACGCUCUCGCGCGCUCGAUGAGCCGCAUUGUUGACAACUUUGGACUGAAAGAAGCUUAUGCACGCGCGGCGCGGGUCAUGACCAUUGGCGUUAUCCUGUACAUGUCUGUGACGCUCCUCGCUGCGCACGGUGUCGUGCCCGGCUUUGACGCGUGCCACGUACCGACGCUAAUUGGGCUCCACACGGCGCACGCUGUGUUUGCGAUCACGGUCGUGCGACCGCUACGCGCCUCGUAUGCGCACAAGGAGACGCACAAGGACCUCAAAGCGCGACUGCGCCAGACCAAGCGCGACGUCGAUCAACUCGAGUCGAUGGUGCUGUACCGGUACUUGAACACGGACGGUGGCUUUGGCGACUUUUUGGCGUUCUCCAAGAAGGAGCUCUGCGCCGACGCCAUCUUGGCGUGGCGCGAAGUGCAGCGCUACAAGGAAGGCGGUGUCGCGAUCGAGCACAUUUACGCCACGUGUCUGGACGCGGGGUGCCAAUUCCAAGUCAAUAUCGCGCCGACCGUCCGGCGCAUGUACGAGAUCCAGCGCCCGAUGGUGUGUUCGUCGCUCGAAGCCAAACAGCACAAACUCUCCAUUUCGCUCAAACGCUUUCACCGAGUGCUACCAGACGCGGCGCUCAAGCUCGCAGCCCCGACAAACCUCUCAUCGGUGGCGCCCAUCUUGGACCACCGGACGUCUCUGCAGUCCCAUGGCCACGGCCACCGCCUUCCAUCGCAGGGCGCGACGACGAUUGCGGACGACUACUCGCGCAUGAGCGUCUCGCGCAGCAAGCACGAGAAGCUAUUUCACCCGCUGGGCGCCGAGUUCCUCCGCGUCAUCUACAUGGACGUGCUUCCUCGCUUCGAAGAGCACGCGGCAACGGACGCGUGGGUGACAUUCCGGAACCGGGAAAAAGCCAUGCUGUCCUUGGACACGCUCGAGCACAUGAUAGACGGCACGAUCGAGCACGGCGCCGAGAUCGCCCAGCGCGGAAGCAUGCCCUGCAUCGCGGACCUGCCUCGGAUACAAAAAAUGCUUGCGCGGCCCACGGAGGAAUUUUCAUAGGGCAAAACCGAAACUGUCAAUCAAUACCGGAACCAAAAAGUCCGAAUUUCAGAUG